UGCGAUAUCCACACAGCGGAGGACCUGUCUUAUCGCGAACUGCCAGGGAAACCGCCCACUCGCAGCAUCAUCAUCACCAUCAACCCUGUGGCGUGGGGCACCAUUGUACGCAGGGCUGCACUCAUCAGGCGCGAACUGAUGUGGGUGGUACGCGACUAUCUCACCAAAGCUGGGCUAGAGGCCAGGCAGCAGCAGCAAGGACUGUUCACGCAGCUGAAGAGCCAGGGCAUGAACCCGGCUUGGCGCAACGCAGCGGAAAUUUGGGUGAAGCCGCAAGGGCAGGAGCGCUACACGCUAUACCAAGCUUAACUUAGGAUGGUAGAUAACCAUGGAGCAGCCCCCCCUGAUGCAGUCACACCUCUGGGUGGGCGGGUGCCUUAGGCGCCAACACUGGGGGCGGCGUAGCCCACCAGCUAGCUGCUGGAGGUGCGAAAGCUCCGCGGAAGCCGAAGGAGGGCAACGGUAAAGGAGACUGAACUUAGGUGGUGAGGGGUAUUUACAGUGAACAAGCGUACAAUAGGCGUAGAAGAAUAGCAUGAUGUGGUUAUGUAGUUAGAUGCCAAUGACCAAAUGAGUAGAAACUGUGUCGUUCCUGGAGUCGCAAGCUGAUGACGGUGAUGAGGAUUGAGGAUGGG